CUAAAGGUAGAUGGUAAAACCUCUCUGGUAAAAUGCUCAGUACAUACACACCAAAACGAGAGAUACACGAUUUUGUUUGAUGAACAGCUGAUAGAACGUUAUUUAUAGGUUUGGAAAUAUGCCUAUGAAAGGGAGGUUUCCGAUUCGGAGAACAUUACAGUAUCUCCAAAAAAGUGAAAUUGUCUUUAAAAAUGCAGUCAAGAUUAUGACGGUGAAUUACAACACGCAUGGAGAACUCAGUGAGGGAGCAAGAAAGUUCGUGUUUUUCAACGUGCCUCAGAUACAAUAUAAAAAUCCAUGGGUGCAAGUUGUGAUGUUCAAAAAUAUGACGCCGUCGCCGUUCCUGAAAUUUUAUUUGGAUGAUGGUGAGCAGGUGCUGAUGGAUGUGGAAGGAAAGGAAUAUAAAGAAAUUACACAGCAUGUCAGGAAGAUUCUUGGAAAAUCUGAUGCGGUUCUGCUGGCUGAGGCUCGACAGGAGUCCGCCAACCCAGCAAACUUUGGCCCCAAGAAGUACUGUCUGAAGGAGUGCAUUAGUGAGGUGGAGGGCCAGGUGCCUCACCCUGGCCUGGUGCCGCUGCCCAAAGAGAUGACAGGCAAAUACCGGGCACAGAUGGCAGCUAAUUCACAAGACUGAAAAGAGCGGGAUUGCUUAGAGUGAAUGGUAUGGAUGAAUGGAUGAAGAAUGAGAGAAACUGCAAUAUUGUCUGUGUUUUUUGUAUAAUAAAUGGUCUCAAUAUAUCUUAAA